AGCCAGUGGCAUGUGAGCAGUGGUCGGUAGACCCGAGGCGACAGGAUGGCGAACAUUCACGCGGCGGCUUUCGCGGUCUCGGCCCGCGAUGAGAAGUUCGGCUGGAUGUUCGACCCCAACGCCCGGGUGCCUGACACCGCUCCUGCCGAAAUGCUUGAGAUCAUCCCCAAGCACUGGUACAACUUCCCGCCAGUCAAUCCGCUCUGGCACUACAUGAUCGGCAUGAUCUACCUGGUCUUGUUCGUGGUCUCCAUGUUCGGCAACUUGACGGCGCUGUACCUGUUCCUGAAGGACAAGGGGCUGCGCACUCCGUCCAACAUGUUGGUGAUCAACUUGACCCUGUCGGAUCUCGUCAUGACUACCACCAACCACACGGCCUUCAUCUACAACGCGUUCUUGGGCGGUGCGUGGCAGCUGGGGCCGCGCGCCUGCGAGGUGGCCGGCUUCCUGGGUGCCGUCAGCGGCCUCUGCAGCAUCUGCUCUCUUGUCGCCAUCAGCUGGGACCGCUACCGCGUCAUCGUGCAGUCCUUCAACGCCGCACCUCUCACCACCGGCAAGGCGUUCGGCAUCAUGCUGCUCAUCUGGGGGUACACACUGGCCUUCACCCUCCUACCGUUCUUCGGCAUCGGAGCCUACGUGCCCGAGGGCAUUCUGGACUCGUGCACGUUCGACUACUUCGACCGCGGGGUGACCAACACCGCCUACAUCUGGUGCUGCAUCAUCUUCUUCUAUAUGAUGCCGAUCCUAACGAUUUGCUUCUUCUACUACCACAUCGUGAACGCCGUGUUCCAGCACGAGAAGGCGCUGAAGGAGCAGGCGAAGAAGAUGAACGUGUCGACGCUGCGCAGCAACGCCGACCAGGACAAGCAGUCGGCCGAGAUCCGUAUUGCCAAGGUGGCGCUGGCCAACAUCUCCGUGUGGGCGCUCUGCUGGACGCCAUACUGCAUCGUCGUCGCCAUCGGCAUCGGCGGCAACCCGAUGCUGGUGACGCCGCUGGUGUCGGCGCUGCCGGCGCUCUUCGCGAAGGCCGUGAGCACGUACAACCCGCUGGUGUACGCGCUCAGCCACCCCAAGUACCGGGCGGCGCUGCGCAAGCACAUGCCGUGGGUGUGCAUCAGCAACGACGAGGCGCCCAAGAGCCGCGCAGCCGAGACCGUGUCCACGGCGUCGGCCGACACGGCCAACCAGGAGAAGGCCUGAGCACCUGCUGGCUGGCCGCACGAUCCAAGGAAGUGACCAUCGACGAAAGCAAAGAUCGAGAGAAAAGCCCACCUCCGUUCAUUUUGAUGCCGUUGUCUCGCCCUCAGCAAAUAGCAGUCCUAGAAUAUCUCUCAUUGGCUGCGCGGUGGCAGGAAUCGUUGGAUGCUGGUUUCUCCCGCGCGCCAUGUUUGAUAAGUGUCCCGUGUGCUUCACUGCGGUUGCGUCCUGUGUUCAUUGCACUAGCAAUAAAUGGAUGCAAGAUCCUAUA